AUAUAUAUUCUUUAAACUGUGAAAAUUUUGUUGCUUUAGUCCUAAGAGAAUCAAUCGAAGUGGAGGGUUUGUUUAAGGUUAAGUUUAAAAAAAAAAUUAAAAUCAAGUGUAUUUAAAUAUAAAUAUCUUAUACUAAUAUAAUUUAUUAAUAAAUAUAAGUUAAGAUACUAAAUUAUUUCGAUAAAAAAAUAUAAUAAUAUAAUAAUAUAAUAUUAUAAAUAUUGAGAUUAAUAAGAUAUUGUUCUUGUAAAACAUGAUCCAAACAUAAUCUAAACGUUAAAAAGAAUACUGAAAUUCUUAAGUUUAUUUUAUAUAUUAUUGAUAUAAUUAUUUUGAGUAAAAAAAUUUUAUUUAUAAAAUGCAUGAAAAUUCAUAUUUUACAAUACAAAUGUAAUUUGAACAAACUGAAAAGUAAUAUUUAUUUUUCUUUGACAUUAUAUAUGUCACUUUCUGAUAAUGAUUUUAGAUAAUUUUAUGUAACUUUUAUAUAACUUCUAAUAAAUAUAUUAGGAGAGAAUUACAUAUUAAGAAGAAAGAUAUUCCUCUAAUUUAUUAUAAUGGAUGACGUAUAUAGACUUUAUAAUAAGACUGCAUCACCAAAGGUGGAUAUAAAAGAAUAUUUUGAUAAUUAUAAAAAACUAGUAGCUGAUUAUUUUAUAUCCAUGAAAAAAGAUAAAGAUAAUUUUAUGUCCAUGAUGGGAGUUGAACUUGCAGAAGAAGAAUUAUCUAUGUUAACAAAUUAUUGCAGUAUUGAUAAUUUAACAGUGGAAGGAGAAGCUCCAAAAUUAGCCAAUAUUAGAAAAAUGAGGAAAAAAGAUAUAUUUGAUGCUCAAGAACCAGAAGAUGUAGACUUACAAACAAUUCAAAAAUUAAGACAAAGAUUAAAACAACAAACUAAACGACUUCAAUAUAAAUACCAAAGUGAAUUAUUCAUUAAUCAUACCAAAAAGGAAGGAACAUAUGAAACAUGUGCUGUUCCUGGCCAAGAUAUUCUUAUUUUUGUUAGAAUCUAUCAUCCUUUUGCACAAAAAGCAAGAAAUGCACCAAGAAAAGAAUGUGGAUCAUUACGUCGAUUAAAUAAUGUUAUAGCUGUUUUAGGAUCUCAAACACUUGCUCAAUUAAGAGAUAAAAUAUCUUGCAUUGCUGAUUACAGUAUUUCUAAAGAAUGUAGUGAGAAUUUGGACAAUGCAGUAGGACCUAUGGCAAAAGAAUAUUACAAAUCAGGAUUCUUUUUUAUCGAAGACACUUUUUAUAAUGAUAUGAGAUGUUCAACAAAUAUUGAUUACAGUGCAGUAAUUAUUGAUUGGGCACAAAGAAGACCAAGAUUAGGACCUUUCAAAGUUGCUACAAUGGAAGAUUGUAGAAUAGAUUCAUUAUGUUUGAGAUUUGGUUUUCCAUGGCUGUAUAAGCAUCAAGGUGGUUGUGAACAUUUAAUUGUGUUUAGUGAUGCUAGAUUGAUUAACUGCAAUGAUGAAUUAGCAAUAUCUGCAUAUCCACAAAUAGUCAGAUUAAGACCUAUGUCUUCCAAAUUUUGCAUGAUAUGUGGCGUAUACAAUGCACAAUGGAUUACUAUGAAACAUGAAAGAAUACCACAUAAUCCUUGUUAUUUUUGUGAUAGUUGUUUUAAAUCUUACAAUUAUAUUGAUGGUAAAAAAGUAGGGAAUUUCGAAGCAUACGCAUAUCCACGGAAUAUUGAAGCCGUAAAAGGAAAAAUAGAUAUAUAAUAAUGUAUCAAAUUCUAUUUUUUAUAUUAAAAAAUAAGUUACUUUAUUGAAGAUUUCAGAGAGUAUAAUUUUCUCAAAUUUUCAUUUGCACUAUUUAAUUUUGGUUUAAUUUCUAAUGCUUUUUUGUACAUAUUUUCUGCUUCAUCAAAUUUAUUCCAUCUGUGAUACAAUACACCUAGAUUCGUAUAAAACAUUGCGUCUUUGGGAUUUCUUGAUAUUGCAUUUCUAAAAUAUAUUUCAGCCUCUACAAAAUUUCCUACUUUUCCUAAUAUAUUUGCAAUGUUAAAAUAAAUAGAUGCGUCAUUUGGUAAAUAUUGUAAAGCUUGAUUUGCUAUUUUAAGUGCAUCUUCGCGCAUACCUAUAAAAAAAAUAUUUAUUUAUAUAUAAAAUACAUAUAAAAUAUAUAAUAUUGCGAUAGAAACAAUUUUUUAAUGUACCUAAAUCAUCAAGAAGUAAUAUCAUAUUGGUCCAUGCUCUUCUAUGUGUAUUUCUUUGCUUAAUAGCAGAAUCCCAAGCUUUUAAUGCUUUAUCGUAAUCUUUUUGUUCUAAAUACUAUAAAUAUAUUCAUUUAGAAAUUA